CGACUUCCUGGUUCUUCCGUUAGCACCGAAGACGGCGGGUGGCUCGGUUCCAGGGCUUCUUGGUUGGCAGACCUGUGAUGGGAGCUGGCAGACUUGUGAUGGGAGGCUGAUGGAUCACUCCUCCUUCAGGAUACGCUGACUGCGGAGUUUCAGUCAGACAUCUUCCAACGAAGACAUAAUGAGCAGUCUUUCCCGAAAUUCUUCUGCUAAGAGCAUUCCCCAAGAAGGAAAGGAGAAUGAAAGCAGCCCCACCCAUGCAGAUGUGAAGCAGAUGCUCGAGGGAACGGAGUGUCACUUCACGUGGAAACCGGUUGAACAUGGACACAUUCCUCCUGGAUGCAGUUUCAUCGCCAAAAUUAAAGAUAAGAGAAUCAUAUAUGAGCGGGGUAAUGAGCAGUUUCUAAUGGUGACUUAUGACCUCCUCCUUGCCUAUGAACACGGUCGACAAGAGGAUCUGAGUAAAGCAAGAGAUAUUCUGCAAAGGGUCCAGAGGAAAAUUGCUAAUAUGGAUGUUGCCACUUCCGAAGAAAAAGAAGCACUGCAAUAUCUCACGAGUUGUAACCUUGCCAAUGUGAAUUUUCUCAUGGGGGAUCCUGACACAGCAAGAGAAGGCCUUCUCAAAACUAAAAAGUAUUCCGAGUCACCAGAGAGAGUGAAAGCUCAAAUUCUCUGUGCCAAAGCUGCAGCUUACUCUGAAUAUUCCAAAGAAUCGUUCUCAUAUUCUCUUGAACUAUAUAGGGAAGGAGUCAUCUUGGACCAAGGAAACUACAACCUCCACUUCGGUGUGGGAAUGAUCCUGCGAAGAAUUCGUCGCAUUGAAACUGUUGACGGUAUACCCACAGAGGAAGAGGAAAUGGCCAUGAGAAAGGCUAUUGAAAUGAGGAGAUGUCAUAGCAGCUUGAUAUUUCUCGCCGAGUCACUGAGAGAGCAUGCAAGGGCACUUGCAAUCCGCAAAAUUAGUCGUCAUCGCAUCCCCGAACUGAACGGGGAGGCUCUGGCCUUGUACAUAGAGGUUUAUAAAGACCCAUCUGCAGAUGGCAAGACCUUGGUGAGAUGUGGAGAUGGCUUCAUGAAACUUCCGAAGCACAUGAGGGAUUUGCAGAAGGCUGAAGAAUGUUUCCUGAAGGCGUACGCUUUGUGCCCAAACAACAACAUGGUAAAUCAUAAACUGGGGGUGUUCUACAUUGAAGUAAAGGAAAGCCACAUCCUGGCAGAGAAGUAUUUAUUGGCAGCCAUUGAUCCUUCCAACGGCAAAGGAAACUUUGCUGCCCACGCAACGUAUGUUAACUUGAAGUUGAUGGAUGACCCAUUGUUCGAUGUUUCAACUGAGUGGCAAGUGAUGCUAGAGAGAUACCCCGACAUUUUCGAUCAAAUAUACCUUCACAUUUCCCAGAUGCAAUACUUUUCCCAAUAUGACCCAGGAACUGGACUUCAUCAUGCUAAAGAUACCCUGGAUGCCCUGGUUCAGUUGAAGAAACCAAUUCAGACAUUUGGAUGCACCCAUCAUUUGUCACACGACGGGCGACGCCUGAAGCUAAGGUAUCCACCAAGGAAUUAUGCCCAUGUACAUCUGCUAGAUGGUCUCCAGUACCUUCAGCGACGGCUCCCAGAGAAACGGGUUGUGAUCGAGAGCAUGAUGGAGAAACUGAGAAUGUGGAUGGACUCCUAUGUUAUAGAACCAGAAAAUGUCCGCUACGAAUAAGCUAAUUACUAUUUCUACUGACGCCAAAUCUAAGGAUUCCACUUACUUUUUUCCAGUUUCGUGAUUCCAAAAAUGGCAUCACGGACUUCAG